AGACAAAUUGAAGAAAUAACAAAAAUCAAAAUGAGGGGAAAUUCACACAUCGGCUACAUUCCCGCUUCACGUGACCUGUAGGGCGCAGCGACAAGAACACGUCGACUUGGACAAUCCCUCUCCUCUUUCAACUUGAGCUGUGACAAUCAUCCAGAAGAAAAGAGAAGAAUCAAAAUGACCAGAACAGCAAUUAGUACCAAGGGAGCCCCCACUCCUCCCCCAUUUCUCUCUCAGGGCCUUGUCGUGGGUGAUGUCGUCUACUGCUCGGGCCAGGUGGGCGUGAACCCCACGACGGGCAAGAUGGUUGAGGGGACAGUUCAGGAUCGAGCGAGGCAAGUCCUACUCAACCUCAACGCCGUCCUCGAAGCAGGCGGAUCCAGUCUGCACGACGCGAUCAAGGUCAACAUUUUCCUGUCUGAUAUGGCGGACUUUCCUGCCGUGAAUGAGGUUUAUGAUAAGUUUUUUGUGGAUCCUAAGCCGGUUCGAACAUGUGUUGCCGUCAAGACUUUGCCGCUGGGGACGGAUGUGGAGAUUGAGUGUUCGGGGUUGAGGAAGAGGACGUCUCAUUUGUAGGAAUGUUAGCUGUAGUGUCUGUCAGUAUCAAUGUCAUGUCAAUAUAUGAAGAAUGCAUGGUAAUGUCAGAAUGUAUGUCUGCCACAUGAUGGCAUGGAAUGUAGAUAAGAUAUAUAUCGGAGCUGUCUGAUCACCGAUGAUGCACUCAACGUCAACACCAAAUAUUAUCAAUUAUUUGUUACUUGACAACUCUUGAACUGCUCAC